CCACCAACCAGGGCUCCACAGCGGUGUCCUUCGAUGCCCAGGAUUUGUUCAAGAUCAACUAAAGGAGAUUUGGAUGGAUCCCAACGGUCCCCAGUCCGGAGCCUCCGGAGACUGUCCGGAGCCUCCGGAGACGGUCCCCUGUCCGGAGCCUCCGGAGACGGUCCCCAGUCCGGAGCCUCCGGAGACGGUCCCCAGUCCGGAGCCUCCGGAGACGGUCCCCAGUCCGGAGCCUCCGGAGACGGUCCCCAGUCCGGAGCCUCCGGAGACGGUCCCCAGUCCGGAGCCUCCGGAGACGGUCCCCAGUCCGGAGCCUCCGGAGACGGUCCCCAGUCCGGAGCCUCCGGAGACUGUCCCCAGUCCGGAGCCUCCGGAGACGGUCCCCAGUCCGGAGCCCGCAACGAGGGUCCCCAGUCCGGGGUCCGCGGCGAGGGUCCCCGCACCAGAGGACCCAGCUGGGUGGAGACCUGCCAGAGAACAGAAACUAACUGGAGCAGCAGCACCUAAAGGCCUGCAGGGAUGUCCUUGUGCCAAUGCGCACGAGCGACUCCUGUGGCAGGCCGGGCGCAGUGCACGCUGACACGGUCGCCGGGUGUACAGUGCACGCUGACACGGUCGCCGGGUGUACAGUGCACGCUGACACGGUCGCCGGGUGUACAGUGCACGCUGACACGGUCGCCGGGUGUACAGUGCACGCUGACACGGUCGCCGGGUGUACAGUGCACGCUGACACGGUCGCCGGGUGUACAGUGCACGCUGACACGGUCGCCGGGUGUACAGUGCACGCUGACACGGUCGCCGGGUGUACAGUGCACGCUGACACGGUCGCCGGGUGUACAGUGUUUACUCCGACACAUUGGUGCGGCUGUCUUCCGGGUUAAGUGGGCAUUGUGUCAAGAAGCAGUGCGGCUUGGUUGGGUUGCAUUUCGGGAGGACGCAAGGCUCUCGACCUUUGCCUCUCCCGAGUCCUGCUCAGCUCUGUCUACCCCCCACACACUGUCAUACUUCCUUAUUAAAGAAACCACACCCCCAGUCCAGUAGGAAGCCACUCCCCCUCCACAUACAGAGAACACAGUCCAGUAGGAAGCCACUCCCCCUCUACAUACAGAGAACACAGUCCAGUAGGAAGCCACUCCCCCUCUACAUACAGAGAACCCAGUCCAGUAGGAAGCCACUCCCCCUCUACAUACAGAGAACACAGUCCAGUAGGAAGCCACUCCCCCUCCACAUACAGAGAACACAGUCCAGUAGGAAGCCACUCCCCCUCGACAUACAGAGAACACAGUCCAGGAGGAAGCCACUCCCCCUCUACAUACAGAGAACACAGUCCAGGAGGAAGCCACUCCCCCUCUACAUACAGAGAACCCAGUCCAGUAGGAAGCCACUCCCCCUCUACAUACAGAGAACCUAGUCCAUGAGGAAGCCACUCCCCCUCUACAUACAGAGA